AGCAUUUCUGAUAUCAAUUAGUAGACAUAGGGCAAGUUGACACACAAAGAUUCACUUUGUCCAAAGCAUUUGAAAAUGGAAGAGACCCAAGAAAAAAAAUGCAAUCUGGACAAUGGAAAUCAAGUUGAAUGUGUGAAGCUUGUGGAUGAAGAACACAUGAACUGUGUAACUACGUUAUGCCCGGAUGGCACAGUGCGCUUUAAGCCUUGUCUCAAUAUUGUUAGGUUCAACACGGUCGAGUCAUACAUCAGGUCAUUGUUGUUUUGUGGUGUCAAUCUUUCCAAGGUUGUUGACUACGGUUGUGGAGAUAAACGCUUCCUAACUCAAAGCCUCCUCAAAAUGCCUUGUCUCACUGAAAUUGUGUGUGUUGACAAGAAUUUACGUCACCUGGUGCGAGAGAAGUUGAUGUGGCAGGAGUCCACUGAUCGAAGAGCACUUACCGUGCGUGUACGUCUUAUCGAAGCUGAUGUCUUGGAUCUGCCAGAGCCUGUAGCUUCUCCACACGUGGUAACGCUCAUCGAAGUAAUCGAACAUUUUCACAUUCAUCAGCUGCCUUCGCUUCUAUGGGGAAUAUUUGGGGUGCUCAAACCCAAAAUCGUGAUCUUGACGACUCCCAACACGGAUUUCCAUACGGACCAUCCGCUGCCUGAUGGCAAGAAGUUCAGAGACCCCGACCAUAAAUUUGAAUGGACUAAUGCGGAGUUUCGUCGCAUUUGCGUUGGCAUCACUAGCAUCUACACGAGCUAUUGUGUCGCGUUCGACGGCUGCGGAGUUGGCAAAAGUCCUGGUGUGUAUUGCUCUCAAAUUGCUAUCUUUGCUUACGAUGAAGUGUUAUUCAACAAGGGGCAGUUAGCUCGCUGUACUCAGCCUACAGUCAAGUCCAUCUUAAACCAAGUGUCCGAUGCUCAGGCAGAUAAAGCUAAUCUCUUGAAGCAAUCUUCAAUUGAAAACAGUGCCAAUUUAUCGCAUAAGAAACAGUGGAGAGAUAAAAAGCAAGCGAGACUGAGCGAGCUCCCGCCCGCCCGAACUAGCAACGAGAGAGCAAUAGACGCGGUGCUUGCAGUGGUGCGCAACAUAGAGAUGAUGCCUGGCAAGUCGUCCCUGAAAGCUCCUGUGAUGCCGGAAGACUGGUCCAAGUGGAGCUCUGUGUCCGCUGAACUGAAAACUCCUGACAUUUUGUUGCCUGAACCUGAAGAGGCUCCUUCCACCGAGAGAUUUUUAAGCAACAAGUUCAAUAUCGUGUUGGACUUGACGUAUCUCAACGUCUUUGCUCAGUUCUUCAACGAAAUGAAGUAUAACAUCAGUUGUUUUUCUUGGUGCUUAAGCUCUCAGAACACUCAUAACCCUUUCAUAAAUAAGGUCCAAAGACUCACGGUUGAAUGGAAUUACUUGGAUCUUGUUAGCGUUCAUCUCACGGACCCGACUUAUUACCUGAUAUUCCUGAAACUGGUCACGCCACGCCAGGCGCCAGUUUCUCUUCAGUGUUCGUCAGGCCUACGUUACUACGAUGACGAAGACGAUGGCGCUUGCCAUCCUAGCCAUCGCACCUAUAAGAAGCACUGCAAACAAUGUCCGUUCAUUUACUUUAAGCGAGUGACCCUUGACAGACUAGAUGAGGUUCCCAAGCUUGUGGACACUCAAGCCUCGUAUCAGAGCCACGUUAUUUACGAGAAAAGCGACACCACUAAAAUAUUCUUUUCGUUCGCCCUCUUACGCAAAUUUCUGGAUUACCGCAAAGACGAUGGCUUCGUCAGGACUGCUCUGUCUGAUCUGUCCUACGAACGCCUAUUCGUCGGUGAACACGAGUAUUGGAGCUGUUGUUUUCCUGAUCUCAGCGAUGAUGAAUCUAGCAUCGUUGACAACUCAUCGUGCAUUAUCUCCUCGACUACCGCCACCGAUGCAACAGAAUACAGCACUACCACCAACGCUGCUCCGGAGGUCAAUAGAAACAAGUUUUCGACCACCGAGGACACGUUAUCUAGAUUUCGAGGUGUGACGGGCGACGUGAGUGACUUGACUUUCGCUAAUGAGGUUGGGAGAGUAGCUUGUCCUUACUUCAGCGAGAAGGAUGCUGGCAACAAGUGUCCUGAUGACUCUCCCAUGGCGCUCAUUGCGGCCCUGCAGCGAGCUUCUCCUUUCGCUGAUGUGGCUUUUUCGGGAACUCAAAAUCGGUGUAGUUAGUGUUUUGCACACGCUCGCCUACCUCAUCUGAAUUUGUCCAUGGAGACAUGUUUACCGACUUCUCUCUGUUUGCUCAAGAAAGGACUUAAUUUUUUUUAUUUUUAUUUUUUUUUUUUGCGUUGGUGAAAUUUUUUUGAGGAGUCUCGACUGCUGUUGGAUCAACACUCAAGCUCAUGUUCAGAAAGACUUCUUCCGACCCCACGCAUGAUUUGGUGUAUCGCUUUUCUUCUUUUGGAAUUUACUCACCGCGGAUGGAGUUUAUAAAUUUAUGUUACCACGUAUAAGAAACAGGAGCCAUUUGCUGACUUGUUUCUACUUUAAAAUCAGUAUGUACAUCUAGUUACUAGUACUACUGUACUAGUUCAUGCGUUGAAUCUACUUUACUAGUUCAUGCGUUGAAUCUACUUUACUAGUUCAUGCGUUGAAUUGAACCCUAGUAAUCGUUUGUUUCCUCCUUGAAGCAAUUUUGUUUCAGCUUUUGUAGUUAUAUCCAUUCUUGCCAAAUUAUUACUGUUUACAGUUUAAUUCCUCAAAUUCUAAUAUUUGCUUCCUGUUUCAUUAUAUUCGAGUUGAAUAUUACCCAUUUUAUCGUCAUGAAUGGCUGCUUCCUUCAAUUUAUGCGUUAAUAAAAAUGUAUUCCUCGUU